AUGGCGGAAUCUAGAAAAAGAAGCAGGACAUCAGAUUGCCCCAUACAGAAGCCUCUUUCAAUUAUAGAUUAUAACAAAUAUAUGAAGGGCGUAAAUYGCGCAGAUCAAUAUCUGUCCUAUUACUCCAUUUUUAGGAAAACAAAAAAAUGGACGAAACGUGUCGUAAUGUUCUUCAUCAACUGCGCACUUUUUAAUUCCUUYAAAGUAUAUAAAACUCUGAACGGACAUAAGAUAACAUAUAAAAAUUUUCUGCACAAAGCAGCACUWUCAUUGAUAGAAGACUGCGAAACUAAAGAAYAAAAUAAGGAUCUACCUAAUUCCGAACCCACAAGAACCACAUCCCGAUUUGAUCAUCCCGGAAGACUGGCAAAUUUCGGAAAGCAUAAACUUGUAAAUAUAGUGACCAGCGGUCGAUGUAAAAAACCCCUACGRCAAUGCAGAGUUUGUGCAAGUAAAAAAAAACGAAGCAGAACAGGUUUCGCUUGUAAAUACUGCAACGUCCCACUACACAAAGGUGACUGUUUCGAGCGGUAUCAUAGUUUAAAAAAAUAUUAA